CGCCUCCCCCUCUGCCCGUAGUGCGCAUGCUCCGUCCUUAAACACGUGGCUACGAUCGGAGCGGAGCAAUGGCGGCAGCGGGCGGCGUGUACGAGCCGCUCCCCCCUCCCUGCGCCUUCUCGCCGAGGAGCCGGGACCUGCUCGCUCUGUCCGGUGUGGAUGGUAGGAUCCAGGUGUGGGACACCCGCGGGGCCGGACUGAGGAGAGAGUACGUGCCCUCUGCGCACCUCAGCGCCACCUGUACGUGUCUGGCCUGGGCGCCGGCCCGGGGGAUCCAGGAGGCGCACCAAAAAAAACGCAGGAAAUCAGAAGCAGCGAAUAAAGAUGAACAGUACGACCUCCUCACCAUCGGCACCGCCACCGGAACCAUAUUGUUGUACAGUAUCGUCAAAGGGGAAUUACAGAGUAAACUGGCCGGCGGCCAUGACAGAAAGGUGACCUGCAUCCGGUGGCAUCAGGACAACGGUUGUUUGUAUAGUUCUUCAGAGGACAAACACAUUGUGGAAUGGAACACACAGACCUACAAAGUAAAAUGCAAAUGGAAAGGCGACAACAGCAGCGUCAGCAGUUUGUGUAUAAGUCCAGACGGGAAAAUGUUGCUGUCUGCGGGGCGGACGAUCAAACUGUGGGAUCUGGAAACCAAAGAAGUCACCAGGCAAUUCACAGGUCACUCUACAGCAGUGUCUUCGCUCAUGUUCAUACCGCUCCGAGCGUCCGCAGACUCCCAGACUCCCCCUGACACCACCGGCUUGUACUUCUUGUCCGGGUCCGUUCAUGACCGGUUAAUAAGCGUAUGGCAGGUCAGGAACGAAAAGAAAGAGCGGAGCGCAGUCUUCUCCUUCACACUCACAGACUCUCCGGUCUCUGUAGACCUGGCACCACCCGACAGCAAGGAACAGCCCCUGAAGUUGGCCGUAGUCUGCAGGGAUGGACAGAUGCACUUAUUUGAACAUAUGUUAAACGGGACUCACAUGAAGCCUCUCGCUCCCACAAGUACAGUACAGAUCGCAACGCCAGGCAGCGGCGAGGAUUCUACACCAAAGCCUGUGCCCAUCCUUUCUGCCGGCUUCUGCCCGGACAAGCAGUCUGUGGUGCUGUACUAUGGCAGCACCAUGCAGCCUCUCGUUGAGAGAAUGGUCCUGAAGACGGACGAGCCUCACAUAUGUUUAAUCCGAGACAUCCAGAAGACACUGACGCUCAGGAACGAUAUGACUGUGACCAAGGUAAAAACUCCAGUUGUCAAGGCGGCCGACACCAAGGUUCUUGUCCCUGGAAUCCCCGGUCACAGCGCAACAGUGACGGCAGUGUCCUCAAAGAGGAGAGAAGGGAAGCGGAAACCUGGAGAUAAGGAGGUCAGCAUUGAGGACAGACUCGGUGCUAUGGACAUCGACCUUCCUAAACUCCCCGCCAAGAGCGGCCUGCCGCAGACGGACAACUUCUCGGUGCUGCUUGUUCAGGGUCUGGAGAGCAACGAUGCCAACAUCUUAAAUAAAGUAUUCCAGACAAAGAACGACUCUCUGAUCAAGAAGACCGUGGCGAGGAUACCGGUGUACUCAGUCAUCCCACUGGUGCAUGAGUUAACGAACAGAUUACAAGGACAUCCCAACAGUGCGAUUGUGAUGGUGCGCUGGAUAAAGGCCGUCCUGGUGCAUCACGCCUCCUAUCUGUCCACUCUGCCUGAUCUGGUGCCCCAGUUGGGGUCCCUCUAUCAGCUCAUGGAGACGCGGGUGAAGACCCUCCAGAAGAUGUCGCGUCUGAAUGGAAAGCUUUACCUUCUCAUCACACAGGUGGCAACGGCAGAAAUCUCACAAAGGAUAAAAGUGAAUCAGGAGGCGAAGCUGGUGUAUGAGGAAGAAUCUUCAGAAGAGGAGUCCGGGGACGAGGAACACAACACAGACUCGGAUGAUAACUGGGAGGAAGGUGAGGAGGAGGCAGAGGAUGAAGAGGAGGAGGAAGGGUCAUCGGAGGAGAAUUCAGAGGAAGAGAUGAAUGUGGACAAAGUGAAUGGUGAUUCAGACGCUGAUCUUGGGAAUGAAAGUGAAGAAGAAUAAGAUCUCGUCCCAUGUGGUGGGCGAUCGCCCUGUGGUGCCCGUCAAUCACUGUGCAGACUGUACACAGCUGUUUUGAUGGAAAAACUGGCGUCAGGACCGGGACGUCGCGCAAACGGAAUGUUCCUAUAACCGUGUCUGCCUUUCUGAGAACCCCACCCGCCCCCCCGCCGCGUUCUCCAGGUCUUCUCAGCAACUAGUCACAAAAACGUCCGCAGAUGCUUUAUAUUCUGGAAUAAAUCUCCACCUUCCAUCAUUCGUUUUUUUAUUUUCUCUAUACUCCUCCCCCACAUAAGACAGGAGAAAUGUAUAUUCAAUUAUGGCGGCGGCGGUGGUGGCGACGUGAGGUUUUUUCUUUUCUAUUUUCCACUGUUGCUGAAUGGUUUGUGUAAAAAAAAAAAAAUCGAAUUUUAUGAGGAAAAAAAUCAAAAACAUUUCACGGAGCGAUCGAUGGCGUCUGCCGCGCUGACAAAUCAAAGCAGACCAAUUAAAACAUAUGUAAAAUGACGACUUAUUCUGGACCCCUUUUUAUCGGGGUAAAAAAAAAAACACGUACCCAUAAAGUGUGCAAUUCUGGUGCCGACCGGUGGGCUGAGACAUUCAUACCAUAUAAUCCUUUUCACGCUAUUAAAUAAAAUAAAAAUUUUUUUUAUGAUUUUCAACUUUUUUUUUUUUUUUUUUAACCGGAUCUCAACAGAAUUAUAAAUUUUUAUUUUUUAACAAAGCGAUAAAGCUGCAAAAAAACAUUAAUUGUUUUCCCCCCAUUGUCUGGAAGGGUGUUAAGCUCCCGUUCGAGCGGCUCCGGUUCCUUGGUUCGGAUGGCGGUGGCGGCGCUCGGUAACCUCCGGUAUAAUGUACAGUAUAUUUGUCUAUAAAUGAAGAUGUUAAUGGCCGGUUAAUAUUGCCACCUUUGUAAAGUGAAUAAAAAAAUAACAUUUAGUUCUCCUUUAACCCCUCCUCGGGUACAUGGUGCCUCUGUGUUGUCUUCAUGAAGAUUCCUGGGUUAUACAUGGGGUGUGUGCGGCGCCCCCUUAUGGACAAAAUACAUAGGUCACCUUGAACACUAUACAAUAUACUUUCUCUGCUGACAUAAUGCUUCCAUCCAGUGACAGCAAGCAGAGAUGGUGAUGUGCAGAACUGGUAGGCUGUGUUGGUGCUACCCAUUGCAUUGGUCUAGAGCACGGUUUUCCAUA